AUGAAUGCAACAGAAAAUACGAGAUGGCAAUAUUGUUUUCAGGCUGUACGUUUUAUUUUGUACCGCAUCACUAGAGGUGUAAUUGAGAAAACUAUAUGCCUUCAGUUCUACAGGCUGGAAUUUGAUCAUUUGCAACAUAUACUGGAUCAUGAUAAACUAAAUGUUGGCACUGAAGACGAUGUGCUUCACGUUAUUGAUUCUUGGAUAGGCGCAUGUAUCGGUCGCAACAUCCAUCGUGACAAACUGCUUGGAACAGUAAGGAAAGUCGGCCUGUCCUCUCAGCAAAUUGAAUCGUUCAACGAGAAGCAUUUGUCAAAUCUUUUAUCUGAGAAACCACUACGUCCACCACGCGAUCAGAUGGUGAUGUUUGGCGGUUGGCAUACUGGACGAACUCAUUCUCGCAUAGACAUAUUUGACGAGAGCAAGCACAACUGGAGACCACUUUGUGACCUCAGCCUCGUCCAUCCGAUAGCAUAUCACGGUUCUGUAGUUCUUAAUGAUGAAUUGUAUGUGAUUGGUGGAACAGAUGGUGAAAAUCACUACAGUACCGUGAUGAAAAUGAAUAUGCGUGGUGAAUGGAAAGAAGUCGCACCAAUGUUCGAGACCAGGAGCAUGAUCCAAAUGCGUUCCGAUGCUGCUGCUGUUAGCGCCGGCGGUAAACUAUACGUUUCCGGUGGAUUCAAUGGUACAGAGGUUCUGACAUCCGUGGAAGUAUACACUCCAGCAACAAACACCUGGAUCGAAGUGUCUAACAUGCCUGCACCUCGUUCGGGUCACUGUAUGGUACUGUACAAUCCUCACACGCUGAUCGUGCUUGGGGGUUUUAAUGGACAGGAUCGGGUUCUGACAUCCGUGGAAGUAUACACUCCAGCAACAAACACCUGGAUCGAAGUGUCUAACAUGCCUGCACCUCGUUCGGGUCACUGUAUGGUACUGUACAAUCCUCACACGCUGAUCGUGCUUGGGGGUUUUAAUGGACAGGAUCGGGUGAAUACUGUGUUCAUGUGGACAAUCGGUCACUUAUCAUGGACAGAAGGGCCCCCAAUGAAAUCGAACAGGUCCAAUUUUGCGGCAUGUGCGCUAAAAGACGAUCUAAUUGUUGCUGGAGGAUACUCAGCGUCAAAGACCAUCUCAGGAGUAGAAAAGUCCAAUUUUGCGGCAUGUGCGCUAAAAGACGAUCUAAUUGUUGCUGGAGGAUACUCAGCGUCAAAGACCAUCUCAGGAGUAGAAAAAUUUGAUGGUAAGCAGUGGACGGAUUUACCGGAUCUCCCCGCUAAUCGAAGUGCGAUGAGGAUACUGAUACUGCCAGAUUUUCGCGACAUUGCCUUGUCCAAGCUGGGUAGCGAUGAAGAUCAGAAAAAGUGGAUGGAGGAGGAAUCACGGGCGGUUAUUGAUAAAAGCGUGUCAACGCAACGGAUCAGAAAUGAAGGAGAGCCACACCAUCUUCCAUAA